UGUUUUUUUAUGAAUUCUAAUUUCAAAGAAUUACAUUCUCUCUAUGAUAGGCUAUUAUUUUAUCCAACAAAAAUGAUAUCUGAUAUUCUUUUGUUUGGAACUUUGAUGGCAAAUGCUGGUGCUGUUUUGAAUUUUCGACUGAAGAAAAGUCAAGAUGAACAUGUUUUUGGAUCAGAAUCUGCUGAACCAUCAACGAGGGAUAAAAUCAGAGAAUUUUUAUUGAAUCUCCGAUAUUUCCGAAUUGUUAUUGCGAUCUGGAAUGUCUUCAUUAUGCUUUGCAUGAUAAUCUUCUUCGGGUCCUGAUGGCGCACAAUAAAAAUAUAUUCACUUCAUUUGUAUAUUUUAAAAAAUUUAGUGCAAUUAUAUUUUAACACCUAGUUGUAAAAUGUUGCUGAUUUGGUAUGGGACACAUAUUGAGCACAGUAGAAUUCAUUGUAAAAUCUAGAGCCAUCUAAAUGAAAAGACUAACUGCUGGAAAGACAGGACUUCCUGAAUAUUGAGCUAUCUUUGAAUAUUUUUAAAAUUUUAUGUGACUGGUGGCCUUUUUAGCACUGGUAAAGCUAAAAGCAUUGCAAUUGUUGUUCCAUCUCUGUUUUUCUUGGGCAAUAUGUAUUUUAUUUGGUUAAUUCUUGA